AUGCCCAAAGUGUAUUUGACUCGUCGAGAAACAUUCUCUACAGCACAUCGUCUUCAUUCAUCUUAUUUAUCUGAUGAAGAUAAUAUGCGUAUAUUCGACAAAUGUAAUAAUCCCAACGGACAUGGUCAUAACUAUGUGCUUGAAGUCACUGUUUUUGGUCAUGUAGAUGCCCGCACAGGAAUGGUCAUGAAUAUUGCUGAUCUGAAAUAUUUAAUACAAGAACAUGUACUAAAAUUCAUUGAUCAUAAACAUCUCGAUAAGGACGUCGAUUAUUUUCGUGAAACGAAAACUACAUUGUGUGCAUUAGCUGUAUAUAAUAUAACAAUAAUUGAUCUUCCAUUUCCGUUAGCUCUUUAUAAAAAGCUUUUAAAUAAAGGAAAUAUUGAUCUUGAUGAUAUGAAAUCAUUAUCUCCACAAUUAUAUAAAAGUUUGAAAUAUUUAUUAAAUUAUAAAGAAGAUGAUCUUGAAACAAGUCUUUGUUAUACAUUUGAAAUUGAACGUGAAGUAUAUGAAGAAAAAUCUCGAAUUGAAUUAAAACCUGGUGGUGCAUCAAUAAUGGUUAAUCAAAAGAAUAAACAAGAAUUUAUUGAUUUAUAUAUUAAUUAUGUAUUUAAUAAAUCAUGUGAAAAACAAUUUCAAGCAUUUUCAAAUGGUUUUCGUCGAGUUAUUAAUUCUAAACCGCUUGAACUAUUUUAUCCCGAUGAAUUAAUGUCAUUUGUUAUUGGUAAUACCAAUUAUGAUUGGAAUGAAUUUCAGAAAAAAACUGAAUAUAAAGGAGAAUAUCAUGCAAAUCAUCCGGUGAUUCAAUGGUUUUGGCAAGUGUUUCAUAAGUUAGAUGAACCCGAGAGAAAGAAAUUUCUUCUAUUUUUAACUGGUUCCGAUCGAGUACCUGUUUUUGGAUGGAGUCAAACUCAACCGAUGACAAUUCAACGAAGUCAUACAGAUGAUAUACAUUUACCUGUUAGUCAUACAUGUUUUAAUGUUCUUGAUUUACCAUCAUAUUCAUCAAAAGAAGUUCUUAAAACUAAAUUAAUUGAUGCUAUUCAACAUAAUCAAGGUUUCAAUUUGGUUUAG